CAGCUGGAAACUACAGCUCCCAUCAUCCUCAGCGCCGCGGGGCUUUUUUCUCACACUUUGACGAUUAUUUUUUUUAUUUCUGUUAGAUUUGUGCUCGGACGGUCGGCUGUGUCGGUGGAGCUGCGGAGGAGAAUAAACCGUAAAUAAGCGGCAGGUGAAGCACCGCCCUCCUCCUCCUUCUGCCGCCCCAAAUGUUAUUUAUGAAUGCCCACCGCUCACGGGCGUGUGCGCGCACACUCUUGGUUAUUAUGUUUAAAUAAUUACCGGACACUGGACAUUAACCGGAGCCGAUGUGUGAGCUUGUCCCGGAGGCUGCGGCGGCCGCUCCGUGCGGUUAAACCCACACUUUAAUUCAUUGUGGUCGGUUCUGUGCUGACAGCGGCGGCAGCGGCGGGCGGAGCGGUGCGUUCUGCUCUUUAAUAAUACUGGGUCAAUACACCGAGCACCGCCGCUGCACCCACCGGAGCCUCCUCCAUCCGUCACCCGACAAGGUGUGUUGCCGGGCCAACAGCUGACUGAUGAUGUCCUUGUGAGUGUGGGCGGGGCUACGUGGCCCUGAGGCGGUAAGGAGGAGGAGUCUCGGCCCUCAGCCCCUCCCCCCUCUCCUCUUGUUUUGAAGGACCAGACGGACGGACACACAGACGGCCCAAGAUCUCCCCUCCUUCCUCCUCUUCCUCUUCCUCCUCCUCCCCCCCUCUCCUCCCCAUUCUCUCCCUUUCCUGUCCCCACCUCCUCCCCGCCUCCCUCCCCCGUCUCCCCCCUCGUCCCCUGCCACCAUGCUGUGGUCACGCUGCUGGUGGAGAGCCUGAGGAAGCAGACUCUGGAAGGCGACCCUGCUCAGCCGGGGGACUAUUACCUGUCCCUGCUGGACCCGAAAACCCUCGCAGAGUGCUGGCCCCCAGAUGGCUUGAUGCCUGAGAGCAGCUACUGGCAGCUCUGCCCUCCCUCCAAGUCCGGCCUGCAGGGGGGGUUACUGAGCUCUAGUUUCCCCCCCGGCCCUGUGCCCCUGGUGCCCCCAGAUGCUCACCUGCAGGAGGGCGGCGACCCCCUGGACGGGGCCGCCGCUCAGCCGCAGCAGCACCGGCCCCUGGCGCCCAGCACCUCAGCGUCCGAGCUGUCCCUCCCCGGAGCGGCGGCGCCCCCUCCAGGGCCCGGGCCCCCUCCCCCUCCUCCUCCGCCCCCCAAACGCCACUGCCGCUCGCUGUCGGUGCCCGAGGACCUGUCGCGCUGCCGCUACACCUGGCGGCCCAGCGCCUCGCGGGUCUGGACUCCCGUCAGCCGCCAGCAGUGCCACGGGGGAGCCGGGGGAGGGGUUGCAGGUGUGGCGGCGGGGGCGGGAGGAGGGGGUAUAGGUGUGGGAGCGUCAGGGGGCGGAGUCUGUCCUCUCCGAGCUCCCAGCUCCUCCCUGAACUCGUCGCUGCACUCCUCAUCCAGCCCCACCUUCUUCAGCCUGGCGCUGUCGCCGGACUCCCCGCUGCCCUGGACCUUCCCCUGGGACCCCAGCGAGGCGGCGGCAGGAGGAGGAGCCUGCUGCUGCUUCUUCCCCUCGCCGUCCUCAUGCUCCUCCUCGCCCUCCCCACUCCACCCACCUCCCCCUCCUCAAAGGCGUUUCUCCCUCUCCCCCGUACUCAUCAGAGACUCGGCGGCCUCCACCUUCCUGCCCCCGCCUCCGGUUCCGAGCCAGUCUGCGGUGCCUCCGCCGGGCUGCGCCGCCGCUGCCGGACCGACCGCGGGGGUCCCGGUGCCCGCCUCGCCAUCCUCAGCCUGCAGCACGCCGUCGUCUCUACGGCGCAGCCUCCCGCCGCAGCUGCCGCGCUGCCACUCGCAGCCCUGCGACCUGCUGCUGCUCAAACCGGGUCUGAAGCGACGCCGUGACCCCGACCGACCCUGCGCCCGACCCGUCCUCGACUUCACCAAGAUGACGCAGACUCGCAGCAUCGACCCUCAGUGUCUGGAGCGCGGCGGCGGCAGGCUGGCCUGCGGCGGCGACAUUUGCAUGGGCAUGGAGCCCUUCAUGGGUGACUUCCGGGGCUCCUGCUCACCGGCCGAGUGUCUGGGCAGGACCAGCAUCGGGCCGCUGAGCGAGAGCGACGAGGAGUGCCGCGAGGACGACGACGACGAUGACGGGGAGGAGGAGCCAGACGAGCGCGAGGCGGCGCAGCAGGCCGUGUUCGAGAGGGACUGUACAGAACUGGACUUGAACUUAAUAGAAGAAAACUGACGUAUUUGUAAAUGAAGGCUGUUCUCUGUUUUCUAAUUUAGUUUUAAUUUGAACCCCCUUCGUCAUGGACCACCAUCGUCUCGACACUCGGCACCUCCUUGCCACCAAUCAGCAAGGCUCUCAGGAACAACACCUUCUCUCAUUGGAUGAGCUGAUUGAUGACGACAGUGAUGAUGCGGCUGCCAGCAUUAAGGACUUUCAGCUGGAGCGUCUCUGCUCUGUGUCGUACAGCGACCGUCUCCGCUAAAACCGGAUGGUCCAGGUUUCCUCCAGCUGUCGAGUCUCUUUUACGGUCUGACGAGGCGUUCGCCAUGAAGCGACCUGAAACGUCAUCACCAUGCCGACCAGCGACCACACGGCAGGUUCAGCUAAACCACAGAAAAAACAAAAGCCUCCAAAGAUCCCAAAUCUGUCAGGCUGAUCAUGUUUAAUAAUCAGUUAACAGAGAAAAAUGUUGCCGCACCACCAAUUUAAAAAACAAAAAGAACUGGGGCAAACUGAGAAAUUAAUAAAGGGUUUUAUUCUGAACCCAUUUUUAGGGUUAUUAUCCAAAAUUUGAGAGUAUGUUCAAGUUAUAAACAUUUCACAAAUUAGUUUUAAAUCUCCGUCUGCUCAGCGGUGCUACGUACUCUGCUGCAUGCGCUGCCGACGGUGCUGUAAACAACGUCGCUGCCCUGCUGGACACAAUGUGCAAUGACACCAUUUUUAUACGACCCCAAGCAUCUUUUUCUGAAUUAUGAUUUGAAAGAAAUACAUUUAUACAUCAGUGCAUAUCGGACAGGUGUCGAAUUAGAUAGAAUUUAGGAAAUAUGUUGUUCAGAGUUACGUAUUAAGACAACAGAGAAGCAGCUUUUUUUUGGUUGACAUUUUGUCAAAAUUGCAAAGAUCUGGGACUUUGUCUUGCCGCGUUUGCCACACAUCAGAUUCCACUGAUGUUAGAGGCCUCAGAAGUUGGUGAAACAUUAAGUGAAGCCUCAAUUUUUUGUCGGAAAUAAGGAGUUAUUCACAUAUAGUUGGAGGAACUUUGUGGGGUCCCAAUAGCACUUUUGCUUGAAAAUGUUGCACUUUUUCCCAUUUUCAAGGGACUGUAAUUAAAAAAAUUGGCCUCUAUGUUAGCCAAUCAAUCAUCUUGAUCUCCUAGAAAUAGUUUUAUUUAUGUCUCACUGAUUUAAAUUGACUGUGGGAGUUAUAUUUAUGGAGAUAUUAAACCCUUCAAAUGGCUGUUUUGAGGGUAAAAAUAGAAAAAUCCUGCAUCUGAAAACAUGAAAUUCACAAAAUUCUGUAAAAAUAUUUAGUUUUGAGUCUCGAAUAGCAAAUACGUAAACUCUGAGCUAAAUCUAAGACAGUGCAGCAACAAGGCUUUCUAAAAAUGACAGUAUUUAUCAGUACAUUUAAUAGAUCAAUAAUAUUGUCCAGCUCUACUUUUGAUCCGCCGUCAGAGUUUGGAGAUUCAGUUCACCCAUUUCUGCACAAAUUUAAAUCGGUAAUAUUAUUUUUGAUAAUGAAAUCAAGUUAAUUCAAUGAUAAGUCUGUUCAAAUUUAAUAAAAUCUAAGCAGUAGUUUGAUCUUCUUUCACAUUAUCUAUGUUUUGGCCUCAUUUCUGAGCCAAAGCUGCAACUUUACACCUAAAAAUAACCGGUAUUAUUUCACACAUAAAUGAGCUGUAAGGAUAAAAUCUAGUAUCUGAAGAGAGAAGGAGAAAAAAACAUCCUUAAAGUUUCAAAAAUAAUGCAAUUUGAGGCAAUGAAACAUCUUAAUGUUCCAUAUUUAAAUGACUCUUGCAGCCGUGGCCUGUUUAACUGUCAGGUUCAACAUUAAUCAUGAUUUUCAGGUGAAUUUCACGGAUCACCUGAACACCGAACGCUACCUGGUAGAGUCACGUGACCUCGGCAUGGUGGUGCGUUCAGGGCCUGCGGCGUCCCGUCAGGCUUCACUGAGGGCAGGUAGCCUCUGAUGCUGUCGUUCACCUGAGUGUUCACACAUUCCUGUUACACACACCUGUCACUGAAAACACUACGAACACUGUGUGUGUGUGUGUGUGUGUGUGUGUGUGUGUGUGUGUGUGUGUGUGUGUGUGUGUGUGUGUGUGUGUGUGUGUGUGUGUGUGUGUGUGUGUGUGUGUGUGAGUGCUGACAUCACCCUCCUGGUGAUCAUGUGACUCGUGUCCAGGUUGAAUCCAGACAGUCUGCUUUUACAUUCCUCCAUUUAAUUAUUGAUUAUUGUCAUUUUGGACACUUUGAUUCAUUCUGGACUGUUAUGUCAUUUUAGACAUUUUUUUUCUUGUUUUUUGACAAAUUUCGACUUAAUUUUGAAUAAGUUUAAAGUCAGGUCAGACAGAAAUUAUUUAAAUUGCUUCCAUGACAGAGCUGCAACUAUUAUUUCCACUUUUGAUUAAUCUGUUUAUCAAUUUCUCGAUUAAUAAUUUGCUUGUUUGGUCCUUAAAUUGUCAGAAAAUCGUGAAAAAUGUUCCAUCACUGUGUUUCCCAAAGCAAAACAUGGCCUUGUUUUGUCCACAACCUAAAGAUUGUCUCUUUGCUUUCAUAGUGAAGCAAGUAAACCAGCUGGAAUCACAGAAUUUAGACUAAAAAAAUUACUCUGAUUAGGAAAAUGGUUUAAAAUCAACUGUAGCUUCAGAAUCUGUUGCUGAACAAAAGAAUUAAUGAUGUUAUCUUUGGAUUUAAGACUCUGUGAUGUGAAUUUUCAUCAUCCUGUGACAUUCAAAACCCAAAAUAAUAACUGAUUAAAUAAAUUCCUUUUAAUACAUUUAAUUGUAUUUAAUCUUGAGGUUAUGCUAAAAUCACAUAUCUACUUUCUAAAAUCCACAAAACAGCCACACCUGUGAAUUAUUUUUCUGAUAAAAAGGUGAAAAAUGUUGAUCCAAAAAUGUCAUGUUUUGUCCUCAACCCAAAGAUGUUAAGUUUAUUGUCGUAGACGAGGAAAGAAACCAGAAAAUAUUCACAUUUAAGACACUGAAAUCAGCCAAUUUAGACUUGGUUUUCUUAAAAAUUGAACUGAUUAUUCAAUUAUCAUGAUAGUUGAAGAUUAAUUUAACAGUUGACAAAGAAAUGGGACAGUUGUGUUACUUAAAAAGUGUUAAACACUAGCAGCUCUGAUUUAAAUCCAUCCAGUAAAUCUCACUGAAUCACUUUGUUUUUGAGAUUUAUUUCACAUAAAAUAUCGCCUCUUUUUAGAAAAUGUUAAAGCUAAUUAUUUAUUUAAGUCAACAUCUUGCAGCUCCAAUAUUUAUCUUCACGUUCUUUCAUUUUCACAUGAACAAAAAAAAAAAGAUAAAACUUUAAAACAUAAUUUUUGUUAAAUGUAACUACAUUUGUUUUGGCUGCUUUGACACAGUCUGGAUUCAGUCUUGAAAAGUCACCAGGGUUGAUGUCGCGCUGGUUGUUUUGUAUAUUUAGUUUACUAUGAUUUUCACUUGAAACCCACAAAAAAAGAACAAAAAGAGAACGAUAAAGGUCUCACUAAGCGUCCAUGCUGCUUCUUUGUUUUUUAUUUUUUUAAACUGAGAAUCACAUUCCUGUUGAUCACUUCAAAUCCUCUGUCAGGUUUCAGACUGAAGAUGAUCCAUCGCGGUCCGUGUUUAGCAGCUUUUAGUUUUUCUUCACCGUUGUUUUAUGUGGGAAUGCAGCUGAAAUGAAACAUGUCUUCGGUGAUGCGUUCAAGGACACGCUAUCAUCCCAGUGGGUGCCAAGAUUGCAUCCAAGUUAGAAACUCAAACCCAGAAGACAAUCAACAUGUUUGAAAAAGGGGUCGAUGCAAUUAAUGCUCCCGAACGCACCAGAAAGGGAUUCACUGACAAGUCGGAAAGUAAGUUUCUGAACGCUGCCUGAUGGAUUAUCAUCGUCUGAACUUUACUAUUAAAUUUAAACUGAAAGCAGCAAAUUCACUCCAUAAAGAAAGAAGUUGGUUUUGUGUUGUCGAGCUCUUCUGCCCCACGGAGGCCAGAUGCAGUAACUGAGACUUGAAUCUGACUUCUUGACGUUUUAACUCAUCUUAUAAACAUCCCUUUUACGUCAAGUUAUGAUAAAACUCAAGCAACAGUGGCUGCUCUCUGGCUAAUACAAUAUUUCAACUUCUUCAACAUUUUUGUGAUUAGUUGCUGCAUUUAAAUUCAAUUUGUGACCCAAGCAACACAAAAAAAACAACUAGCAGCACUAAAUUCCAAACAGCCAGAGUAGUAGUGACUGCUGUCUUUGAUGAAGCUACAUCACAUUAUGCUUUUGAGUUCAUUAGUUGAAAUGAGCAAAAUGUCAGUGACAAUGAUUUAAAUUCAGCCUUAAAGAGCUUAAAAGUACAAUUAAAUAUCUAAAGUAUGUUUCACAGUUUGUGUAGCUAAUGCAGUCUGCCUCUGUGGGGCGGUGUUGUUGUGUUUGUGAGGAUAAAAUGCAGCAUUUUCCUUUUGUGGAAUAGUUUUUUUUCCAAUGCUGUCAUAUUGUGAAGAACAUUCAGAUUUAGCUCUCAUAAAGGGGUAGUUCAACCAUUUGAGAAAUGCAAAGUAUUGACGCUGGAGUCCAGAUGUGGUUAGCUUAGCAAUAAACUAGUAAACCACAGGGGUAAUACAGAUCUUUUUUUUCUGUGAGGUGUUAUCUGACGUUCAUAUCAUAUUUAAACUUCGACUUGGAAUUUUAGAUCAACGCUAUUGUAAAUUUGUUAAACAUUUUACAGCGCUAGUGUACUUUAUUUUGAUUGUUUAAAGGAGAGGAAAAUUGGAACAUGAGAACAGUCACAAAUUUCAAAUGGGAAAAGUUGUAAUGUGAGAAAUAGUCACAAAGUAAAACGUAACAGUAGAAAAGGUCACUGUUUUCCAAGGAAAAAGAAAUGCCACAAUAAAGUUGUGACAUGAGAAUAAAGUUACAAUUUUCUAAGGAAGAAUUUGUAACAUGGGAGCAAGUCCAAAUUUUCCAAUGAAAAAUCAUGAGAAUAAAGUCAAUUAAAGUCAUAGCAUGACAAAAAGUUCAAAAAUCAUCCAAGGAAAGAGUGGCAACGUAGAAUAAAGUCACAGUUUUAUUGGGAAAAUGUCAUGACAUGAGUUUAAAGUUACAACAUGAUAAUAAAUUCACAUUAUUUAGUGAACAGUGUCACUAAAUCUACCACUUGGUAAAAACGUUCUCACGGCUCGUGGUUCCAUCCAAAUAAAAUAUCAGCACUAAAACAAAAUCUUCAGCUCAUUUUAGAAGAGCUACUUUUUAUUUGGACCUGGUUUCACUCAGUAACAACGAAAGACGUCAGCGUUUAUCUGGUGUGACUACAGAGUUAGCAUCAGAGCUAACGGCUAAAACAGCUAUCUGUCAAAUUGCUGAAGUACUCCUUUAAGGUAAAGUUUGCAAUGAGAUUGCUAGUUAGGAAGUCUGACUUUCACCCAAACUUAUCGAGUGAUUGAACGUGAAGAAUCUCUUAAGAAAAGAGUAUCUUAUCCAGAAAUAACGCACACACACAAACACACACUGUUUCCCUGAACUACAUAAUCACAUCGUGUCCCCAUUAACACACACGGCCCUCCUGGUUUGUUGGUUUGUUUCCGUUGACUGGUCCAUAACGCCCAGCAUAAGCCUUAACUGAACAUAUUCUAUUAUUCUGUAAAUCAAGACGUUAAAAAGAAAAAAAAAAAGGAAAAGACAACACUAACAGAGAAGAAAAGGAAAUGUGUACUGUAGCUGUUAAAUUUUUAGUCCUGUUCAUCAUUUUCUGCUGUUUUUUCUUAAUAUUUCUAAUCUGAUGUCUGAGCGCGGCGAGGUGUUGUGAUGAACGCAUCGUGUUUGAGAAAAUAAAACAAAAUGCUUGAACGGCGGAGGAGCAGUCAUGUACAGUUAGCGGAGAGUCUCGGACAUCUCGUCUUUUAGAAAUGUUUUUUAUUGUAUGUGAUUUAAAAAAACUGACCACAUGGCAAUUUGAAAAGCAGUUUGUGAAUAAAUUAAGUUUACUGAGAAUUAUUUUACAAAGAAAGGGGAAA